AAUCCGGAGGGGGCGAGUUCCCACAGGGGUUCGCCGCGCGUGGUGCCCGGGGGCUGUUGGGCAGAGGCGCCGCCGAGCCCAGCGCGCUGAUAACGCGCGACCUUUACGCGUAGGCUCGAGUGCUACGUGCGGGCGGCGUUCCCGGCGCGAAGCGGAGCCGAGGGGUGCUUCCGAGCUGCGUGCCUGAGGAGACGGGCCCUUCGCCUCGGGUUUUGCGACGGGGGCGUCUUCCUGCAGCCGGAGCCUUCCAGGGGCUUGAACGCAGCAAGGCGGCGCUGCUGCAGGCUAGCGGGGAGGCUAGGCGGACCCGGCCGCCGCGAGUACCGCGGAUGCUGCCUGCGGUCACCACUGCGCUCAUCCUCGCGUCCCCUGCCUCGGCGGACGGCUGCUCUUCUCCGCCGAAAGCGGCUGCUCGGGGCUGAAGAGUCGCGGCGGGGAUGCUGCCGCUGCCCCCUUUCCCUCCCAAUGCUUCUAGCGCUGGCCAGGGCAGCUCUGGCGCGGUUCGGGGCUUAGUUGAGCGCUUGAUCGGGUCUCGGGAGCCGCCUCCCGGGCUGUGCGAGAUUUAAAGCAGAUCAAACCCCGAAGCGAGCUCGGUGGGCUGCCGUUGUCUUGGCCGGAGCAUGUGGGUGAACCCGGAGGAGGUGCUGCUGGCAAACGCCUUGUGGAUCACGGAGAGGGCCAACCCUUACUUCAUCCUGCAGAGGAGAAAGGGGCACGGAGGAGAUGGAGGCAGCGGAGGGCUAGCUGGUCUUCUUGUGGGCACUCUUGAUGUUGUACUUGACUCAAGUGCGAGAGUAGCACCAUAUAGAAUCCUGUAUCAGGCCCCUGACUCUAUGAUAUAUUGGACUAUUGCUUGUGGUUGUUCAAGAAAAGAAAUAACUGAGCACUGGGAAUGGCUGGAACAGAACUUACUGCAAACUCUUUCAAUCUUUGAAAAUGAAAAUGACAUAAACACGUUUGUCAGAGGAAAGAUACAGGGCAUCAUUGCAGAAUAUAACAAAAUCAACGGUAUCAAAGAGGAUGAUGACACUGAGAAAUUUAAGGAAGCAAUAGUGAAGUUCCACAAACUGUUUGGAAUGCCAGAGGAAGAGAAACUGGUGAAUUACUAUUCUUGCAGUUAUUGGAAAGGGAAAGUCCCACGCCAGGGCUGGAUGUAUCUUAGCAUUAACCACCUCUGUUUUUAUUCCUUUCUGAUGGGACGGGAAGCCAAGCUAGUAAUCCGGUGGGUUGACAUUAUCCAGCUUGAGAAGAAUGCUACUCUGCUUUUACCUGAUGUGAUCAAAGUUAGUACAAGGUCCAGCCAGCAUUUCUUUUCAGUUUUCCUCAACAUCAAUGAAACAUUCAAACUAAUGGAACAACUCGCCAAUAUAGCCAUGAGACAACUCUUGGAUAAUGAAGGAUUUGAGCAAGAUAGGUCACUACCCAGACUUAAAAAGAAAUCCCCUAAAAAAGUGUCUGCCUUAAAACGGGAUCUUGAUGCCAGAGCAAAGAGUGAAAGGUACCGUGCAUUAUUCCGGCUUCCUAAAGAUGAAAAACUUGAUGGACACACAGAUUGCACUUUGUGGACUCCAUUUAACAAAAUGCACAUUUUGGGCCAGAUGUUUGUAUCUACAAAUUACAUCUGUUUUACUAGCAAGGAAGAAAACUUGUGCAGCCUUAUCAUCCCACUUCGAGAGGUGACCAUUGUAGAAAAGGCAGACAGCUCAAGUGUAUUGCCCAGUCCAUUAUCUAUCAGCACAAAAAACAGAAUGACUUUUCUCUUUGCCAAUUUAAAAGACAGAGACUUCCUCGUACAGAGAAUUUCGGAUUUCCUUCAGCAAACUACUUCUAAAAUAUACUCUGAAAAAGAGAUUUGUGGAAGUUAUAACAGUUCAGAUGAUGAGGUCUAUUCAAGGGCAAGUAGUAUCAUUUCAUCAAGCCCUCAAAGAAGUCUUAGUUCUGAAGCAGAUGGAGAACGACAGUUCAACCUGAACGGUAACAGCAUCCCAACUGUAACACAGGCUCUGAUGACCAUGUACCGACGGCGUUCACCGGAGGAGUUCAACCCCAAAUUAGCAAAAGAGUUUUUGAAAGAACAGGCUUGGAAGAUUCAUUUUGCUGAAUAUGGCCAAGGUGUCUGUAUGUAUCGUACUGAAAAAACAAGAGACCUGGUGCUAAAAGGUAUUCCUGAAAGCAUGAGAGGGGAACUCUGGCUGCUCCUGUCAGGAGCUAUUAAUGAAAUGGCCACCCAUGCUGGGUAUUAUGAAGACUUGGUGGAGAAAUCCAUGGGGAAAUAUAAUCUUGCCACAGAAGAGAUUGAGAGGGAUUUGCACCGCUCUCUUCCAGAGCACCCUGCGUUCCAGAAUGAGAUGGGCAUUGCUGCUCUGAGGAGAGUGCUCACAGCUUAUGCAUUUAGAAAUCCAAACAUAGGAUACUGUCAGGCCAUGAAUAUUGUUACAUCAGUGCUGCUUUUGUAUGCAAAGGAAGAGGAAGCUUUUUGGCUGCUUGUGGCUUUGUGCGAGCGCAUGUUGCCCGAUUACUACAACACAAGAGUAGUUGGUGCCCUGGUGGAUCAAGGCGUGUUUGAAGAAUUGGCUCGGGAUUACAUUCCACAACUCUAUGACUGUAUGCAGGAUUUGGGGGUCAUCUCCACCAUCUCUCUUUCCUGGUUCCUCACACUCUUCCUUAGUGUAAUGCCCUUUGAAAGUGCUGUGGUGGUUGUGGACUGUUUCUUCUGUGAAGGCAUAAAAGUGAUAUUCCAAUUAGCGCUGGCUGUUCUGGAUGCUAAUGUGGACAAGCUGCUGAAUUGUAAAGAUGAUGGUGAAGCUAUGACAGUGCUCGGAAGGUAUUUGGACAGUGUAACAAAUAAGGACAGCACUUUGCCACCAAUCCCUCACCUUCAUUCAUUGCUCAGUGAUGAUGUUGGGCCUUAUCCUGAAGUGGAUAUCUUCAGACUCAUCAAAACUUCUUAUGAGAAAUUUGGAAGCAUUCGAGCAGAUUUGAUUGAACAAAUGAGAUUCAAGCAGAGAUUGAAGGUGAUCCAGACACUUGAAGACACUACAAAACGUAAUGUGGUACGGACCAUAGUGACUGAGACCUCCUUUACUAUAGAUGAGCUCGAGGAACUCUAUGCCCUUUUCAAGGCGGAGCAUCUGACAAGCUGCUACUGGGGAGGCACAAGCAAUGCUGUUGACCGCCAUGACCCAAGUUUGCCCUAUUUAGAACAGUAUCGCAUUGACUUUGAGCAGUUCAAAGGAAUGUUUGCUCUCCUUUUUCCUUGGGCCUGUGGAACUCACUCUGAUAUUUUGGCUGCACGUUUGUUCAGAUUAUUGGAUGAAAAUGGAGAUUCAUUAAUCAACUUUCGGGAAUUUGUUUCUGGGCUAAGUGCAGCAUGCCAUGGAGAUCUUACUGAGAAGCUGAAGCUGCUGUAUAAAAUGCAUGUUUUGCCUGAUCCAUCCUCUGAUCAGGAAGAGCCAGAUUCUGCUUUUGAAGCAACUCAGUACUUCUUUGAAGACAUCACUCCAGAGUGUACACAUGUUGUCGGCGUAGACAGCAAGAGCAAACAAGGAUCAGAUGAAGGGUUUGUUAGUGUGAGUGUGAAAACUGAGAAAGGUAAGAAGACUUCUCAAGACAACAGAAACUACCUUAGAAUAUGGAGCCAAGAGAAUAAAUCCAAAGCAAAGAAUGCAAAGGACUUGCCCAAGUUAAAUCAGGGGCAGUUUAUUGAAUUGUGCAAGACAAUGUAUAAUAUGUUCAGCGAAGACCCCAAUGAGCAAGAUCUUUACCAUGCUACUGCUGCUGUGACAAGUUUGCUGUUGGAGAUUGGUGAGGUUGGCAAACUGUUUAGUCUGCAGCCUAGAAAAGAGGCUGAGAGCAGCAGUAAAGCCAUGCAAAAUGCUCUGCUCCAGAAGAAAGAUAACCAGCAGUAUCACAUUGAACAGCGUGAUCCUUUCCAAGGGGGUUUCCUUGCUGAUGAUGAAGAGAAUAUUUGUGGUGACGGUUCCCAGAUGGAAGACAUUAAGCUGGAAGACUCUUCUCCUAGGGACAAUGGAACUGGCUCUUCCAUGCUUAUUUCCGAUGACGACACUAAAGAUGACAGUUCCAUGUCUUCCUAUUCUGUCCUAAGUGCAGGUUCUCAUGAGGAGGACAAGCUACACUGUGAAGACAUCAGCGAAGAUACCGUUUUGGUGCGAAGCAACACCACUUCUCUGCCAGGAAGCACUAGCAUUGACAGAGACUGGGCCAUCACCUUUGAGCAAUUUUUGGCUUCCCUCUUGACUGAAUCAGCCCUUGUCCGGUACUUUGAUAAGCCAGUCUGUAUGAUGGCACGGAUAACUAAUGCUAAGAAUGUGAGGAUGAUGGGGAAGCCCAUAACAUCUGCAAGUGACUAUGAGAUCUCUGCUAUGUCAGGCUAAGUGGGCCUCAUAGGGAGUUUUUUUUUAAAUGUUUAGGUUUUUAUGACAUAUUUAUUAUUGCCAGGCACAGGUCCUGAUAUUUUCAAAACAUGGUAGAUCUUGCUGAUGUGAACAUGUUGAGGUGUAAAUCCAUACUUAUCUUGAAUUAUGGGCAUUUUUUCUCUGUGAAAAAUAUUACAGAAUGCUUGUUCUAGCCAAUAUACAUACUGGGGGAGGGGAGGGGUCAGUGUCAGUGAUGUCUGUAUAAAUAGCGUUCCUAUCAAUUGAUAUAUGGUGAUAAUUAGUUGGGUUUUAAUGUAGAAGUGAAUGUUUGUGUAUGCUUUUAAAACAGUUCUGAAGCAUGGGAAAAACCUGGAAGUAGCUCCAAAUGCCACAUGCUCUACAUGUGCUGCAGUGUACUCAUGGAGCUCCUUCACAGUCUUCCCCAUUCUCUUGGGGGAGCAGAGUGUUGGUAUCUCUUCUGUCCGCACACAGUUGCUCCCUUUAUUUAAGUGAAUGGGAAAGCAGAAGUCCUUUCAAGCAAGGGAGCUUCCUGAGUGCAUUGAAGCCCACGUGCCCAUAAAGGGAUUGGAGGGAAGGUAGAAGGGGAUGCUGUCAACUUGUUUAGGGUUCAGACAUAAGCUCUGUGCAGCAUCCCUGGUGGAUGACUUUAUUAUAUAGAUGUCUCUUUAUAUAAUUUUUCUAAGAGGCUAGUGAUUCCUAAUACUUUUUAAAAUACAUUCUUCAGAGAUACUGCCUUGGACCUGCCUUGACAAAACCAAUGCUCUGUCCUAAACAAUUCAGAGUACCCCUUUUUAAAGUGAAAGUGAGAGUUUUAAACAUAUUUUCUGUAGAUAAUUCUGUCACUGAAAUUGUAAACCUCUAAGCAUUAUCAUAAAUCUAAUGGUAGAUUAAAUAUUCAUAGAUGAAUUGCAUAAAUCUUAAUUUAAGCACUGUUAUUAGCAAGAAUGUAAUCUGAAAAAAAUCUGCAAGAAAAUGUAACUGAAUGUUUGAAAGUCUUAAUGAAAACACUGUCACUUUAUUAUAUAGAUGAAUAAUGUAUAAUGAAAUAAUUUACUGAAUGAUAUGUUGAAUGACAAAUGGAGCACCUGCACUUUGAAUCCUUGCUUCUUUUACAGAAAUACUCAGUGCACACAAUUUUGUCCCAUCAUGGGCACACUACCUACUCAACAGGGAUUGCCAGAGUUUCAACAAGAACCUGUUUGUCCCUCACACACUCUCCAUAGAGGAAGGAGGAGGAAACAGUACUCUACAAAGCCUAUGGAAAUUUCCUGUACAUGGUUACUAUGUCCAUCAUGGAACUGAAUUGUGCCCAGUAUUUUUUAAAUUUCUUGGCUGAUUCAUAACUCAAAACUGAUUAGGUCAGACUUAUUUUUACCUGCCUGAACUUUAUUUGUUGCCUUCGAAAUAUUUCCAUCACUCUUUUUUUUUAAUAUACAUAUGCUAUUGUAUUUUAUGAUCAUGUAACUUUUCUAGGGUUUUUUUAGCUGAAGGUAUUGCUUUAAUUCUUUAAAAUAUUUAAACAAUCAAAGUGGUUUUAGCCACAGUAGGGUAAUCAUGAAUAAGAGUUUUUUAAAAAAAGACAUUAAACUAAUAUCAGAUGGAAAAUUUUGGUUGUUGUUCAUGAUAUAACUUCUGUUGUGACAAUCCACAUACUAUAAUCUCAGUUGUUAUGUAACAAAUCAUGCUAGUGUGUAGUGAGUAAAAAACUACCUCUGCAAUUGAUA